AUGUCGACAAUUCGUCCAUUAAAUGGCUACGAAUUUGCAGUUUCUUUUGUUUGUUUGUCCUUGUCGGACACCUUUCCCAAAUUAGAAUUUGGGCCAUUUAAAAAAGCGGUAUUAAAAGAGCUCAUUAAAUACACUGUUUUUCACUUAGACAUAGUAUACAAAGAUCAUCACGCUUAUUGGUCGAAAUUUUCGGACACUUGGCUUCUAGAAAAUUCUUCUCUAUUUAUCACAGAAGUUCCUUUUGAAGAACCAAAAGACGUUGAAACUGCGUCGUACAAUUUACAUAAAGAAGGGACUCCCCUCUUUACAAUAGAAUUUUCCUCCAAUGAUGAAUUGACUCAAAUUAAAUUACUAGCAAAUCACGUUCUCUGCGAUGGUCGCACUCUCUUCACGUUAUUCCAAAUCAUCAAGAACGCAAUUCCUAAUGAGCGCCACGAGGAAAUAGCCGACCAAGACUUGUUCCCCUUCGACUACACAACUCUCUAUGACAUCGACAAAACUGUUUUAAUGCACGACCCGAAGAGUUGGGACAUCCCGAAGAAACCUCUUAUUCCUCAAAUACCAGAGAAGAGUCAAUAUAUCAACAUCUAUCACACUUUCAAUACACAAAAGGUGCUUUCUUACUGUAAAAGACAUCAAGUUGGGGUGCAGGCAAUUCUUAUGACUGUCCAGCAAAGAGCUAUGAGAAAGUUUAAUCAACUUCCAGAUAACUCCCCGAUCAGUGUGUACUGCCCAAGCGACACGCGACGCAAUAAAUACGCCAAAGACGAAUUGAAGCGCUCAAAAUUCUACUGCAUGGCUGGUGCUAAUUUCCCAGUCAUUUUCGGGAAGGAAAAGUUGGAAGAAGAAAUUGUCGAGUGCAAUGGAAAAAUGAGAGAGAUGAUGGAGACUAACGAGUGCUGCGUGCAACUGUUGAUUGGAAGUAUGAUGAUCGACAGUAAAACACUCGCAUUUGCACCAAACCCAAAUACCCCAAAUUUGUGUCAAGCACAAGCGAUUAUGGUCUCGAAUAUCGGAAGAUACGUCGGGUUGAAUCAACCAAGAGUUAAGGUCAUGGCUCCGUGCGAUGUGAACGGAUUUUCUGCAGUGUUGUACUCGUGGCACUCCGAGAAGUCACUUUACACAAUGUUCUUUGUACCAGAUAAGAUGGACGCGAAACUGCUGGAAAUAAUGAAUAAGGAAUUGAGCGAUGUGAUGGAAUACGUCUGUAAAGAUGAAUAA